CUACCCCACAAAGUUGAAUUUCGUUUCAUUUCAUUAUUAUUAUAUUGUGUACACAAACACGGUGAGUGAUCACGAUGGCAGACAUUGAAGAAAAGGUUAUAAUGACUCCCAAGUGCAAAACAGCUAAUUCCACAACACUGAUUGUGGAACGAAAAGCUGUAGAAGCUGAAGCUAGUGAUAAAAUACAUGUGGCAGGAGGAGACCAUACUGGUAUUAUUAUAAAUAAGGAAAAAGUAUAUGAGAAUGGUGUUACUGAACCAUGCCACGCACAACUGGAGUUUAGAGUAUACCUAGUGUCGGCAGCGACAGGGUCCCAUACGCGGGAAGCAAGAGCUCUUCGCUUCUGGUUCAAACCGCAACUACCUCCAAAUGAACGAUCACAUGAGGCUCAGGCAUUCUUCAGAGAACUUGUCAGUCCACAAGACUUUCCUAAAGAUUAUGUGGGCUUCAUAAAGAAGAUUAUCAAGCUAAUGCAGCAAAAGUAUAACCAGUUGAAAAUAUUGGAGAUAGAACUCCGACAGGAGGGACAUGGACCUCCUCCGCCAGAGGCCAAUGGCGUUAUUACGAGUAAGAGCGUUAUAUACAACUUAUGUAAUGGCUCUUUCAUAGAAGAGGCCGCAGCAAAUCAUACUCCUGUUAUAUCGGAACAGAGAGUUUUGGAUAUGAUUGAAAAUGCUUAUCCUAACCCAUUGACCAUAGAAGAUGUUGUUACUGCUGGUAAAUGGUCGAAAACAGAAGUAAAAGAUGCCUUAGAAUCGUUGGAAGAAAAGGGGUUAACAAGAGCAAUGUCAGACGGACUGUACGUUAGGCAACACAGUGUUGACACUCAGGUAGUGAAACAAAUGCCGACACUAUGUUCAUCGCGACAACCAAGCAUAGCAGUGAUCACGGCUCUGUACUGCGAGAAGCAGGCGGUCGAUGCCAUGAUGGAUAACCAGGAGACUUAUGUGCGGUAUACUACUGUUGGUAAGUUGUUUUUUCUUUUUUCUUAAGUGGGAUAUUUCACUAUUGAUUCGGCUGGUAAACAGACUUAAGGAGAAUGACAUAUCGUCGGGGAUAGUGAA